CGCGGCGGCUGGGUGCGGGAGCCGCGGUCUCUCUGACCCCCCCACCUCCCGCAGAAUUUGGGGACCCCCUGACCCCCCCAGCCAUGGAGGAGGUGGACAAGAUCCUGAUUCACUCCCUGCGCCAGGCGGGGACGGCGGUGCCCCCCGAGGUGCAGAGCGUGCGGGACCUGACCCCCGAGCUGGUGGUGGAGGCGGCCGUGCGGUGCCUCCGGGCCGUGCGCCCCGCGCUCGGGGCCCCCCUGAGCCCCCUGCUGCCCCCCGGCAUCUCCGCCCGCUUCCGCCUCGCCUCCGACCUGGCCGCAGCCUGCCAGGAGCUGGGAUUUGGGGGUGACGUGGGGUACCAGACAUUCCUGUACAGCUCCGAGCACGACAUCCGGCGCCUGCUCCUCUUCCUCGUGGAGAAGCUGCCACGGGAUGAGGGCGAGCACGGGACCGAACCCCCCGGGAAAUCGGGGGCGCUGCUCCGAGCCAUCGGUGCCCAGAUCCGGGAACAGCUGGGGACCCCCUGGGUGCCCCCCGUGUGCCGCACGCCCCGACUGCAGCGCCUGCAGGGCACAAGUCACCUCCACUCUUUCACUACCUGUCCCCUGGUCCUGCCCCAAACCGGGGGGUCCCCAGAGCUGCAGGAAUAUUUUGGAGGGGCUGCCCCCCCAGUGCCAGCACAGCCCCCCCUUUCCUCGCAGACCCCCCCAGCCCUGCUGGAGACCCACACGGCCCAGCUCAACGCCCGCCAUGACUGGGAGGCUGAGUGGGGGGGGCCCGGCCUGGCCUCCCGCCUGCCCCCCCAGGAGUACCUGGAGCGAAAGCGGCUCCGGGCACGGCUCCGGGCACUGGAGCCCUUGCGCCAAGCGUGUCCCCCCCACCCCCAGGGACCGUCCCCAGGGCCCCCCCUGGACCCUGCCUGGCUCCAGGAGGCUUUUGGGGCUGGGGGUGCUGGGGGGGCCCUGCCGAAGGGGUCCCGCUUCACCCGCACCCAGCACCUGACCCACGAACAGGACCCCCAAGUGCUGCUGCAGCAGAUCCAGGCAGCUGCUGAGACCCUGCAGCCCCUGAAGGGCCCCAAGGAGGACCCCGGGUCACGCCAGGCCAGCGAGGAGGCUGCACUGGAGGAGACCCUGGCCCGGCUGGAGGCUGAAAUCGAGGGGUGCCGGGGGGAGAUCCGAGCAGCCCAGCUCAGCCUCACCCAGGCGGAGGCUGAGGUGCAGCAGGGCCGGGGGGCCCUGGGGGGGCGCGAGGACGCCCUGCGGGUCAAGGCCAGGGCGGUGGACCUGCUCCCGGAUGCCCAGAACAACAUGGCCAAGCUGCAGCUGGUGGUGGAGUCCAGCAGCCGCCGAAUCGUCAGCCUGGCCGGGCAGUGGGAGCGGCAUCGCGGGCCCCUCCUGGCCGAGUUCCGGCAGCUCCGGGCCCUGCGCGACUCCGCCCAGCGAGAGUCAUCGCGGCGCCUGGCGGAGACGCGGGCGCUGCUCCAGCGCAGCCGCGCGGCCGCCGAGGAGGCACGGAGGAAAGAGACCCUGCACGCCCAACUGGUGGCCGAGCUGGAGGCGCUGCCCCGCGACGUCUCCCGAGCCGUUUACACCCAGCGCAUCCUGGAGAUCGUGGGCAACAUCCGCAAGCAGAAAGAGGAGAUUGGAAAGAUUCUGGAGGACACACGGGCUCUGCAGAAGGAGAUCAACGCCCUGGUGGGGAAACUGGAGAGGACCUUCAGCGUCACCGACGAGCUGCUCUUCAAGGAUGCCAAGCGGGAUGAGGUGGUGAGAAAAGCCUACAAGUACCUGGCAGCUCUCCACGAGAACUGUGCCCAGCUGAUCCGGACCAUUGAGGACACGGGAACCAUCCAGAGGGAGAUCCGGGACCUGGAGGAGCAGAUCGAGGGGGAGACGAGUGCCAAGCUCCCGGCCAGCCUGGAGCGGAUCCUCAGCGACUGCCGGGCGCUGCGGGAGGAGAACGCGCUGCUGGCAGCUCGUGCCCGCCACGCCUGACCCCAAAACCGGGGGGAUCCGCACCCCAAAACCCCCCGGGGGUGUCUCACACACAGUGGGGUAUGGGGGUGCCCGCGUAGCCCCCCCAGAAUGCACCCACAGUGAACAGGGAACAGUUCCUUCAUGGUUUCAAUAAAUCCCGGUGCAGCA